CCAUCGCCACCAUCUCAUCCUCUCACAGCCCACAACCAGCACACGACUAGCACACACCCCGAUCUGCUUGCAUUGCCCCUUGCGCUGCACACUCUCCUCCCCGGUUGUACUCGCGUCAUCACAGACAUUUUCCCGACACCAUGGCCUCCGGCAACGGCCAACAAGGCCGGUCCAAGGCCCAGCCCGAGCGGCGGCCCCGCGAGCGCACGCCGUGGCUCCUCCUCCUCCCCGUCGUCCUAAUCUUCCCCUAUAUUCUCAGCAGACUGCACUACGCACUCCCCGCGCCCCAGCCCCCGGUAGACGCAGAAGGCCGCCCUCAACCCAGUGAGGAGAUUGUUAUUGGCCACAUCCAAAAGUUGGAGGAUAUUGGCUACCGUACCGUCGGGACUGAGGAGGCCGUGCGCGGCGAGGAGUAUGUGAUCGCCGAGGUGCGCAAGAUCGAGGAGCGGUGCAAGGCAAAUGGUGUGCUCGAUUGCGAGGUCUGGAUCCAGCGCGGCAACGGGUAUCACGAGUUCUCGAUUAUGGGCCACGACGUGCUCAAAGUUUAUGCUGGCAUUCGCAACGUUGUCCUCCAGAUCCGCGCUAAGAAGCCCCUCACACCGCGCACCCUCAAGAAGGACGCUAUUCUUCUCGGCUCGCACAUCGAUUCGACUCUGCCUUCGCCCGGCGCUGCCGACGACGGCAUGGGAGUUGGUGUCAUGCUCGACGUUGCGCGCGUCCUCGUCGAUCGCAAUGAGCCCUUCGACAACUCGGUCAUUUUCAUGUGGAACGGCGGCGAAGAGACGCUACAGGACGGCUCGCACCUCUACUCGACACAGCACCCCACUGCCGCCGAGGUCCGCGCGAUGUUCAACCUCGAGGCGGCGGGCACGACCGGCGGCGCCCUCCUGUUCCAAGCCACAAGCCAGGAGAUGAUCGACGCAUUCUCGCGCGCCCCGUAUCCGCGCGGCACGGUGAUUGCUGCCGAUGUAUUCUCGAGCGGCAUUAUUCUCUCCGACACCGACUUUGGUCAGUUUGAGGAGUACCUCAACGUCUCCGGCCUCGACAUGGCCGUCGUGGGACACAGCUACUUCUACCACACCCGCAAGGACAGCACCCAGUUUAUCGAGGUCGGCACAAGCCAGCACUUCACGUCCAACGCCAUGGCGAUUGUCGACUACCUCCUCUCGCCUGGCUCGCCGCUCGGAGCCGCGGGCGAGUGGUCGCCCCCCGACGUCGUGUACAUGUCGCUGUACGACCGCAUCUUCCUCUCCUGGACAAUGAAGAAUGCGGACAAGGCCUACCUCGCCAUCACCGCCGUCAUUGCCGCCAUUACCCUCGCCAACAUCCGCCGCGAACGCGGGCGCGCAUUCGCCAUUGCCCUCCUGGGCGCCCCUCUUGGCUUGGCCGGCGGUCUGAUCACCGCCAACAUCGUGGCUUUCGUCAUGUCUGCCUCUGGCAACCAGAUGGGAUGGUUUUCGCACGAGGGACUCCCUGUCGCUCUGUACGGCCCUGCCAGCGUCCUCGGCCACCUGGCAACGCAGCACGCGCUCUCGGCGUUGAUCUCACCUGCGCACCGUGUAUUUCUCGAGCACGCGCACUACUACUCGCAGCUGGUUUCGCUCGCGGUGUGGAUGCUUAUCCUGCAGGCGUUCCGCGUCCGCUCAGCCUACCUGUUCGCAGGGAUCGCGUGUACUGUCCUUCUUGGAGCGUUUGUCACCGAGGCGCGCACUCUCGUGUUUGGAGGGCGCAACCGGGCUCUCCCCUUCAUUGGCGCUUACAUCAUGCCUCUUGUCCUCCUCCUCGCGCUUGCCAUGGAAGCUUACACGACGACUCUCGACAUCUUCGUCCCUCUCACCGGCCGCAUGGGCAAGGACGCACCGGUCGAGCACAUCAUUGCGAUUAUCACAUCAGUGUGCACGCUCGUCUUCUUCCCCAUCAUUUCGCCGCUGUUCUCGCGUAUCUCGCGCGCGACCCAGCGCAAGGUGCUCGUCGCUCUGGUAGUAGUGACGCUCGGCGUGGCUGCGCUCUUCGCAUCCCCCUUCUGGUCGCCCUACGACUUCAUGCACCCGAAGCGCCUGGGUGUACAGUACACAUACAACCACACGUCGGGGCAGGAGACGGCGCACAUCGCGUUCAUGGACACGGGCCGCAACAGCGCGGUCAUGAAGGAGCUGCACGACCAGUUCGGCGGCGGCGCCGCGCUCGUGCGCACCGAGCAGGCGGACGACAACGCCGACUGGGACGUGCUGUACCCCGUCUCGAGCUUCCUCGAGACGUACUCGUUCGCGCUGCCGAAGACGACGUUCGACUGGCCCGAGAUGACGUUUGAGGCGACGCGCGAGAAGACAGCGCACGGGCACACGCGCAUCCACAUCAAGACGGAGCACGAGGGCCUCGUGUGGCCCGCGCUUUCGUUUGACGCCGACCUCGUAGACUGGAGCUUCGACUUUGACCCGCCGCACGGGCGCAAGCGCCACCACAUCAAGGCCGCGGCCUCGGUGGACGAGCAUGUCAUGGAGCUCGAGCUGAUCAUGCGCCUCAAAGACGACGAGCCGUUCCACCUGCACUGGAGCGCGAUGGACCUCAACCAGAUGGUGCCCGGCACGGCGCCGCGGCGCGGCCCCAACAUGCCCGCGUCCAAGUGGCUGACGGCGAUGGACGAGUGGGCGCGCGAGCGCUACGCCGGCGGCAUCGACAUCUGCAUGAAUGGCGUCGUGGUGGGCGUGCUCACCCUCUGAGACCAUCAGAUCUACAUACAGUGUCUAGAAUGAAUACAUGUUACGCCAAC